AUGGGCUCAUUCCUGGUAAGAGUUUUUCAGUUGUUUGGAAACAACACGAUGUUUUUCUACGAAAUGAGGGAGUAAAUUUCAUUUAUGUAACAUAAUUUUCUCCACUAUUUUCUUUCAGAACGGUUGGGACUACAGUCGCCUAGAAAAGGUGCUGAAUCCCAUAAUGAAAGAGAAGAGCUUCAAGUUGCGCAUCGAGUGAGUCUUGAAGUAAACUUGUCGAAAAAAUCCCUCUUUAGUUUUAUGACUCUUGUAGUUUCGUAAAGAAUAAUGUGUUUCCAGAAUCACAGAGCACGCCUACAAAAUCUAUGUAGACGGCAGAUUCAUUUACAAAUUUCACAACCGUAACCCGCCCUACACUUCGGUUAAAUCCUUACUCCUAGUUGGUAUAAAACUCGACGACAAACGCAGGUUCGUUUUUAUUUUAAUUCAACCGUGGUUUCAGGUUUUUAAACAUAUUUUGAGAGUUAUAUAAGGAAAUACAUUCUGAAAAAGAGAUUUAAAAAAAUGAAUAUAAAAGCGUAUUUAUCUGACAAGUAAGAUCAUUUUACUUUCCAGAUGAUAUUUUGCUGAAAAUCGGUCAGAACGCUCCUUGAUGUACCAGAAGAAGAUUCUGAAAGCCCUAACCUGCGCCACUUUCUCGUUUUUGAGAAAAGACGCCUCUAAGUCAAAGGAAACCCUCAAAAUCCAUAAAAAAUAGGCUGUUUUGAGUCGUUAGAAGUUAAUUUCACCCUAUUGUUAUUUUUUCACAUUGAGCUUAUAUCUUUGAAAGAUAAUCAUAUUCAGAGGUUGCAAGAAAAAUAAUCGUUCGAGACCGCAACAGAGCGGCAAAAUGCAUGUUACCAUUUACAGACAUACCGUCCAAACCAGAUGUGAGAAACUAUUCAUUUUCUUAAGUAAAAGAACUUUUUUCAGACUCUUAUUGA